AUUCAGGCAGGUAGCAACUCUUUGUUCAGCGGUGCACGAGGACAGGAGACGAACCUUGGAAGUGCGGAUUCUUUCGCGUCCGAUACCCUCUUCCUUCAACGAGCUGCCGAAGGUAUUUCCGGAAGCCGAGGCCUGGACGCGCCAGGCAGUCCACACGAGGGCAUUCAUAAGCUCAACUCGCUAUUAUCAUCUGAAUCUAGAGCAUCGGCUGAAGGAGGAGCUGAACCAUUAGCCGCGGAAGAUGCUGCUGCUUCUUUCGGAGUCAGUCAGACUACCAACAAAACACAGCGUAGCACUUUUGUUCCAGCAUCACGCACAGCGUCAGCCAAGCGUGAGCAACUUAGCCUACGGGGAGACAACCGCUCAUUAGCCGAGCGGAUGCGGGAGAAAGCGGAGAGGCGGGCGCAAGCGGCCAAAGACAAGAUUCUAGAGGAAAGUGCUGCCGAAACAGUGGCUUUGCGAAAGAAGAUUCAAAUGGCCAAGAAGCCAUCACCGCUGGAAAGAAAAGCAAAGAGUCCUGUUGAAGAAAGCGCCGCGAAGGCCGACGAUAAUGCUGGUUUCAAGCCCAAGGCGGUGAAGCAACUAGAACUACACCUACAGCAAGCGGUAAUUUUUUUUUCCCACUUACUCAAUAAAACUCACGACAGCUUUUUAUAAUUUGCCUCACUCUCUUCACUCGUCACACUUUUUGGUAGUUAGUUGCCACAGAAACAAAGACCAACUUGCUUUCUGCUACUUUCAGAUUUCGCUGAGUCCUGAUCAUGCUGCAGUUAAGAUUCAGGCCUGGUUGCGUGGGGUGAACGUGCGUAAAGACUUUCACAAUCACAUUUUAAGCUUUUACGCCAACGAAAGUGCGCGACCGAGCAAGCCCUUAAUGUGGAGCAACGGACGGCCUGAGCUCUUGCGAACGAG